AUGGAUGUGCGCGCGCGGCCUCGCCACCACCUGAUGCUUGCUGUUGCGUGCUGCGGCUGCCUCCCCUUGGUGCCGUUUGUUCUGCUGUUGCUGCCUAACCCCUACGGAUGCUCUGCACUGCUGCGGCCGCUAGCCAUGGCCGUGGUGUUGAGCAGCGUGGUGUGUGUGCGGAGCUGUCCCAUCAAUCCCUCCCCGCCGCCACUCCUCGUCCUCCUCGGGAUCCUCCCAGAUCCUCAUCGUCCAACCCCGCGCCCGGAUCUCGCCACCACCGCCUUGCCUCUGCCCGACUGCCACUGCAGCUCGUGGACACCACAAGCCAAGCUAUCCUCGUCGCCAGAGCCCCUCGAUCCCAAGCUCCUCCGACUCGCAACCUCGCGCCUCGCCGCCGACGACCACAUCCAGAACCCCAUCCCUGGUCGCGUCCUCGACGUGCGCGCCGUCACCCGCUCGUCCCCGAUUGAUCCGCGAAGCCGCCCGUACGGGACCUCGUCAGCCUCCUGCUCCUUCGCCGCCCCGCGUCCCGCGCCAGGACGCCCGUGCGAGCUUCCAGUGCCGCCUCGUCCUUGCUCCACCACCUGGAUCCGCCAAGUCCAAGCCGCCUCGCCCGAGCUCCGCAGCGCCGUCCUCGCCUCCUCUGUCUUGCGCUCGUCCGAGUCUCGACGCCAGCAGGCUCCGGCCGUGUCGGCUUGGGUCCCCGCUGCUCCUCCUCUGGCCAUGCGCCCGAGCUCGCCCGUCGUCGCGCGCCUCGACCUCACCUCCACCUCGUCGCGUCGGUGUCUCAGCACGCCCCACUCCUCCCGCAGCAGCUUCUCCCCAUGCCAGCGCCUACCUCCUCGUCCCCGUGGCCACAGCCGCGGAGCACUGCUGCAGCAAGGAGGCGCCGCCACCACCGAGUUCAACUGCCGCGGCCGCUGCGUCCCCUGCUUCGAGGGGCAGGUCGGGAUCGAGCGCGCCCGCCCCGCCCGCGUUGACCUCCGCAUCCGGCCACGCCGCCGGCAAGCCCUGCCUCCGUCGCCUCGCCAAGUUCCGAUGCCGGCGCCUCCUGCCUCGCGCUGCCCUUUGCCAAGUCCGACCGCGGCCGUCGCCCCCUGCAUCCUCUGCUUCGGGAGCUGUCCCAUCAAUCCCUCCCCGCCGCCACUCCUCGUCCUCCUCGGGAUCCUCCCAGAUCCUCAUCGUCCAACCCCACGCCCGGAUCUCGCCACCACCGCCUUGCCUCUGCCCGACGGCCGCUGCAGCUCGUGGACACCACAAGCCAAGCUAUCCUCGUCGCCAGAGCCCCUCGAUCCCGAGCUCCUCCGACUCGCAACCUCGCGCCUCGCCGACGACGACCACAUCCAGAACCCCAUCCCUGGUCGCGUCCUCGACGUGCGCGACGUCACCCGCUCGUCCCCGAUGGAUCCACGAAGCCGCCCGUACGGGACCUCGUCAGCCUCCUGCUCCUUCGCCGCCCCGCGUCCCGCGCCAGGACGCCCGUGCGAGCUUCCAGUGCCGCCUCGUCCUUGCUCCACCACCUGGAUCCGCCAAGUCCAAGCCGCCUCGCCCGAGCUCCGCAGCGCCGUCCUCGCCUCCUCUGUCUUGCGCUCGUCCGAGUCUCCACGCCGGCAGGCUCCGGCCGUGUCGGCUCGGGGUCCCCGCUGCUCCUCCUCUGGCCAUGCGCCCGAGCUCGCCCGUCGUCGCGCGCCUCGACCUCACCUCCACCUCGUCGCGUCGGUGUCUCAGCACGCCGCACUCCUCCCGCAGCAGCUUCUCCCCAUGCCAGCGCCUACCUCCUCGUCCCUGUGGACACAGCCGCGGAGCAGUAGCCCUCGCGCCCGAGCGUCACAGACCCUGCUGGCCGCCCCUCUGCUCCUCUUCGCCCGCCCUUCUUUCCUCUCCUUCUCCCACUCGGCUCACAUCUCUCUCUCUCCCUGUAGCUGCUGCAGCAAGGAGGCGCCGCCACCACCGAGUUCGCCUGCCGCGGCCGCUGCGUCCCCUGCUUCGAGGGGCAGGUCGGGAUCGAGCGCGCCCGCCCCGCCCGCGUUGACCUCCGCAUCCGGCCACGCCGCCGGCAAGCCCUGCCUCCGUCGCCUCGCCAAGUUCCGCUGCCGGCGCCUCCUACCUCGCGCUGCCCUUUGCCAAGUCCGGCCGCGGCCGUCGCCCCCUGCAUCCUUUGCUUCGUCUCGACCGCGCCCCGCUCGCGUUGACCCAGUCCAGCGCCCACCUCGGCCUUCCCUCCAGCCGGCCUGCAUGCGCCCUUUUGGGCCUCCUCCAUCGACCGGGCCUCAGCCCAUGGUGAGCAGCGCCCAGCGCCCGCUCCUGUGCACCAGUGGGCCAGCCAGUUAG